GGACUGGUCAACGUGUGGGAACACUUCAACUGUAGCCAGUAAGCUCCUCAAAUUAGCAACAUUAUGCUUGUGGUGGCGGUGCUGGGACUCAUCCUUCAGUGUGUGUACUCCGUCCCCCCUCUGCCUCUAUCACUAGUAUCAGCGAGAGGGCGAGGAGGGCUGGCUGACGCAGGGGACACCGUGAGAGGCGUGAUGGAGGCCGCCUCUCCACCUAACUGCACCAUCCUCAUUCUCACCGACGGUACACCCUCCGCUAGAGCUCUUCUGCAGAGAGUGGAGAUCGGGUGCCCGUGGGGCGUGUGGAGGUUGAGAGGCGCCGACAACACCUCCCUCCUACAGCACCUCACUGCCGUCAGGAAGGUGCGGCGUGGGUCCUGGGGGACGACUGUGGUGGUGGCGAGCGAGGACCCCGUCUUCCUCGCCGCCUUCGCCCAGCAGGCCCAGCGGGCGCGUCUCCUGGUGUGGGAGACUAGGCUGCUGCUGGUGACUCGCCUGCCCCUGCAGCAGGUUCAAGCCCUUCUUCAGCGACAUUGGACGUUCUCCAUGAUGAAUACCAUCUUGAUCAACGUCCAACAGGCACAACGGAGAAUCAGGUGUGGCGUGUACACACACCUGCCGUACAGCCGGGAGGGGGCGCGGCUGGUGCUCCUGGCGCAGUGGUCCUCCGGAGCUCCUCGUGAGUGGGUGUCCGCCACGCAGCUCUUCCAGGAGAAGUUUGCCAAUUUCCACGGUGCUCAAGUUCCGGUGACGAUGAUGCUGGUGUCCCCGUUCUGGAAAACGGUGGGUAGGGACACCGGUGACGGCACAACGACCAGGUACUCCGGCACGGGUGGGGACGCCACCACCAGGUACUCCGGCACGGGAGGCGACGCCACCACCAGGUACUCCGGCACGGGUGGGGACGCCACCACCAGGUACUCCGGCAGAGACUGCCUCAUGAUCAACUCCGUCGCCCGAGCCCUCAACUUCUCCAUCGGUUUCCGGCGCUCUCUCAGUAUAGUCGAGGUGAUGGACAAACUUGAAGAUGGCUCGGCCAUGAUCUCUGCCUUCCGGGUGAUGUUGAUACCCCAGAUCCUGGCCCGCGUCGACCACACCUACUUCAUCGAGCGGGCAACCUUCACCUUCAGCAUGGCGAAGCCCACAAUUAAACCGCUCUGGCAGAACAUGUACUACCCGCUCAGGGGCGAGGUGUGGGUAGCGCUGGCAGCCGCUCUCCUGGUCAUGCCUGGCCUCUUGUACCAGGUAGCGUACGCCGGGGACUUCAAGGCAAGAAACACCCUGAAGACUGGUUCCACCACGCUCAAGAUGGUCGCCAUGAUGCUUGGACAGGACAUAAUGGCGAAUCUGUCCAGUGUAAUGUCUGUCCGAAUGCUGGUGGCGGUGUGGGCAUUCUUGGCCUUUAUCAUAGGCACGGCUUACCGUGGCACCCUCACCGCCUUCCUCACCAUACCCAAGUACCCGGCUCGCCCGGAAACUAUUGACGAUCUCGCUCGCGUCGGUGUCAGGGCCAUGUUCAUUCCGAACGCCACACAGUACCUGAAGUACUUCCAGGAAUCCAAUCUGAGUUCGUAUAAGAGUGUGAGCAGUCGUGUGGACAUUGUGGAGAGUAUUGAGGCUGGCCUGAAGAAGGUCUCUCAGAAGAGGGUCGCCCUCUUCCACGAGCGGUACAACAUGGAGCUUUACAUCGAGGAGUUCUUCACUAGUCCUGAGGGCUCUACGCCCCUCUACGUGGCCCGGCACAAUGUAAUCCCCAACUACGCUGCCUACAUGACCCCGCACGACGCCCCGUACAAGCACACACUUGACCUCUGGCUCCUGCGGAUCAUUGAGAGUGGUCUGAAGGAGAAGUUUACCAGUGACAUGGUGCGGGAGACGUGGCAGGAGGUUCGCCACAGAAGGCAGCAGGCGCAGCAGCAGCAGGACCAGCAGCAGCAGCAGGCACAGCAGGACCAGCAGCAGCAGGCGCAGCUGCAGCAGGAGAGCCGCAGCGCAACAGAAUCCGGGGAGAAUCUGCAACCCCUCAGCAUGACUCAUUUGCAGGGACCCUUCUGGGCUCUUCUGUUGGGGCUUCUCCUCGCCGGCGCCUCCUUCGUCGCCGAAGUGUUCAUAGCAAGACAUACUCUCCCUCACUCCGUUCCCAAGUCAUAACUUGGGAACUCUUCCCUCCCAGUAAUAUACUGUGGACAUACCCUCACAGUGAUCACAAGUCACGCCACCUCCAACGCUCUAAUUUCUUGGACUACUCGAGGUCUCCAAUCGACCGGAAAUAACUGCAAUUAAUACUUACAAAUAAGUAUUAUCUUACGAGAUAAUACUUACCAUAAGUAUAGGCCCUUGUAGAGCACUCGGGCUCUUCAUAUAAAGCAACUAAGCUCACUGUAAAGCACCACGUGCAGCACCAUUAGGCUCCCAAAGAAGUACAAUGGGUUCUAAAAAAAAAUGGUUUCGUUGUGCCUGUGCUCACCGUCAUUCAGCGCCCCACGAACGCAAGUUAGCCCACCGCAAUAAACACGAAGAUCA